UUGAAAACAAUUUGUAGUCGUUACACAUGGCUUCGAUCUUCAUUCGUCGUGCUGCCGGUAAUAGGAUUCGCUCGCACUAUCUUUCUGACAGCCUUGAACUAUCCGCAACAUGUGACAGAAUAUGGUAUACAUUGGAAUUUUUUCUACACACUAGCGAUAGUGAAGAUUGUAUCUCACAUCCUGCCAAAGAGGUUUCCAAUACUAUGGGCUUUCCUUUUUGCAAUUUUCCAGCAGACCAUGCUCACGAAUGGAUAUCAGGAAUGGAUCAUUGAUGGUGAAAAUCAACGAGACACGCUCUUCAGAGCUAAUGUUGAAGGGAUCUGUUCACUGAUGGGAUAUGUGACAAUCUACUAUUUGGCUGAUUCAUUAUCAGUCUUCAUUUCUAAAGACGGGUACUCUAACAAGGACUUGGUGUUCUAUCGAAAUAGAAGCCAAUGUAUUCGUGUCAAGUCGUGGAUAGAAUGCUGUUGGAGACUUUACCUAUUUUCUCUAAUUUUCUAUGGUAUGCAAUUAGGAGCUGAGUGGAGUUUGGGACAACCGUCUCGUCGAGUCGUCAACAUCGCCUACAUCUUUUCUGCGAUGUCAUUUCUCACGUUCACUCUGGCCUGCUUCCUGUGCGUUCAGUUGUUUUCUCUUGUUGCAUGGGCUGCAAAUGUGCCGCAUUUCUCUAUUGGUGAGUCGUAUACUUUUCGGGUGACCUCUCUUGGAUUUAUUCAUCUCAGAAAAGGAUUUACUGGGGUUAUGGGCGGGGAGGUGUCAUCAGCGUCAUUGUCGGGAACUUGGCCCCUUCUGUAA